ACGAUGGAUCACAUUGACUGCAGUAAUUAAAACCGCGCAAAGAAGUUUCCGGCUUCGGGAAUUUGAUGGCGCGAUCCGAAACCCUUCGGUCCUAUUUCCGGGCUUCCGCCUUCGAUUCGGGAGAGCUAUGGACGGAAAGCGCCGGAGGCGGUUGGGCCACGGCGAUCGUCGCGCUGCUACUUGUCUCCUGGCGGCUCCUCCGGCUCUUCUAUUCCCGGCGAAUCCAGAGGGCCUCCUGGGCUCAGGGUUCAUUUGAAGACUCUGCAUUGAUAGCGAGCUCGGGAGGAGGUUCUUCAUCGGGGUUUGCCCUUCAUCUCCAAUCUUGUUGCAGGGUAUCUGAAAUCAUAUCCGAUGCUGAUUUGAGAGAUUUGAUGAUUAGCUUGGACAGGAAUCUCGAAGGGGACGAUAGAUGGGAACAUGUGAUUGACAGAAGCAAUGAUCUUGUAUCUUACAAAGCCAAGUGCUACAGGCCAAAAGAUGAGCCAUUGAAAUAUCAUAGUGUUACAACAUUUGAGAACUGUUCCACGGAACUUCUUAGAGAUUUCUACAUGGAUAAUGAGUACAGAAAAGUGUGGGACAAGAUUUUAAUCCAGCAUAAGCAGUUACAGGUAGAUGAAGAUAGUGGGAUAGAGAUUGGGUGUUCUAUGAAGAAGUUCCCUCUUCUUACACCAAGAGAAUAUGUAUUAGCAUGGCGAAUCUGGGAAGGAAAGGACAAAACCUUCUAUUGCCUCAUUAAGGAUUGUGAGCAUCCUCUAGCUCCACGUCAAAAAAAGUAUGUACGAGUUCGUUUUUAUAGAUCGGGUUGGCGUAUAAGACAAGUUCCUGGUAGGGACGCCUGUGAAAUAACAGUGGUUCAUCAAGAAGACGCUGGCCUCAACGUUGAGAUGGCAAAACUGACAUUCGCCAAAGGAAUAUGGAGCUUUGUGAGUAAGACAAACAGUGCUUUGCGUGGCUAUUCCUCUCAUCCUAGUCGCUCAGUAUUAGUCCCUGCUCUUCUUAGACUUAUUAAGAAGGUGCCAUCAGAUUUAGAGCCCUGCGACGAGACUCGCACCCAAGAAACUAGACAAAGUGAGGUGGACAUUCCGAAGAGGAAUUCAAUUAGCGCAGCGACAAAGUGGAUAGCGAAUGGGCUUUUGGUCGCCGGCGGCAUUAUCUUCCUUUCGCGAGGCCGUGCUACUACGAUCGGCGCCCAGCUAGCUGCCGCAUGCAUGUUGAGUAAGUUCAUGCCUCAUGGAGCAGAGUUCGACCAAGCCGAUCGCACUAGAUCCAGACCAGAUAGGCGUAAAGCUCGACGGGUCGGUUAAGCUUCACCGAUCGGCAAUCACCCUUCUUCCAGCUGAUCUAACUAACUCCAGCCUUGCCGGCAUUAGGCAACUACCGCUCCGGAUUUCAGUUGUUUAACCUUCAUGUAUUAUCUCUGUAACAUCACCAUCCCUAUUCCCUUUGCAUAAUUUACAUUAGGCUAUCUCUUAUGGCACAUUUAGUAGUAGAUAAACAAUAUACGAGUUUUUAUUUU